AUGUCCGUCCACGAUUUAUUGUAUCUCGUUCCCAAUUCCACUCCUCCAAAGGUUGUGCGAGGCGAAGGUGUCAAUCUGUAUACAGAUGACAAUAAGAAAAUUAUAGACGGUACUGGUGGUGCGGCCGUUUCCAGUCUUGGAUACGGAAACCGCGAAGUGAUCGAGUCUAUGAAAACCCAAGCGGAGAAGGUUUGCUAUGUCCACAACAUGGCCUUUACAAAUGAACCCGCUGAAGAAUUGGCACACAUACUUGUUUCACAACAUCCAGAUGUCUUUGCUCGUGCUUACUUUGCCAACAGUGGCUCAGAAGCCGUGGAAGCAGCUCUUAAGUUUGCUUUGCAAUACUGGCAACUCCGUGGUGAACCCGAACGAACCCACUUCGUUUCUCGUAAACAAUCGUAUCAUGGAAACACUCUUUUUGCUCUUGGCAUUGGUAAAAUGGUCUCUCGCCGUGCUCCCUACGUAGGUGUUUUUCCCAAAGUCACAUCUUAUGUAGACCCUUGUUACGCAUACCGUUGCAAGAAGGAAGGCGAAACGGACGAGCAGUAUGUAUAUCGUUUGGAAAAACAACUCGAAGACGAAUUUUUGGUUGUUGGUCCCAAUCGAAUUGCUGCUUUUAUCGCCGAAACCGUUCCAGGCACAUGUCUUGGCUGUGCCACACCCGUUGACGGCUAUUUUAAGGCCGUUCGUCGCGUGUGUGACAAAUUCGACAUUCUUCUCAUUCUUGAUGAAGUCAUGUGUGGUUUGGGUCGAACGGGGACCUUCCACGCUUGGGAACAGGAAGGCAUUACCCCGGACCUUCAAACCAAUGCCAAAACCCUAGCUGCUGGUUAUCAACCCAUCUCUAGUGUCUUAGUUAGCCACCGAGUUUACAAAGCUUUUGAGGAAAGCAAUGCUCAACUUGCAAACUUCCACACCUAUCAAGCCCAUCCAUUGGCUUGCAGUGCGGCUGUCACUGUGCAAAAGAUUAUGCUUCGUGAAAAGCUUGUUGAUAAGGUUGCUGCGAUCGGCAAAUAUUUGGAUGAACAGCUUCAUAAAACCUUCGACUCCCAUCCUCAUGUAGGUGAUAUCCGCGGUAGAGGUGUAUUUUGGGGUCUAGAAUUUGUUAAAGACAAAAAAUCGAAACAGUGGUUUGAUCCCAAGUACAAGGUGGGAGCUUUGAUUAGCAAAGUUGGUAUUAAAAAUGGAGCUUUCCUUAAUCCUGGUGCAGGCACCUACGACGGUGUCCAUGGUGAUCAUAUCAUGGUGGCUCCUCCAUAUAUUAUAACAAAGGAAGAAGUUGAUACUCUGAUUUCUAUCUUAGCCAAGUCCAUUGAUGAAGCCAUUGCCAGCUUGCCAAAUUAA